CCCGUGUCUGGGCGUCUGAGAAGUUCUCCUUUGCUUGCUUAUACUCAGUUUGGGCCUGUGGGCUGCGUGCAUGGGUCUGCCUUUGGGGGAGAGAAAAGGAGCUGAGCCCAGGACGAGCCAGGGGUUGCGCAGGGGUGUGAGUGGGGCCAGCAGAAGGAAACAUGGCUGCAAAAGUGUUUGAGUCCAUCGGCAAAUUUGGCCUGGCCUUAGCUGUUGCAGGAGGCGUGGUGAACUCUGCCUUAUAUAACGUGGAUGCUGGGCACAGAGCUGUCAUCUUUGACCGGUUCCGUGGAGUACAGGACAUCGUGGUAGGAGAAGGGACUCACUUUCUCAUCCCUUGGGUACAGAAACCAAUUAUCUUUGACUGCCGCUCCCGACCCCGUAAUGUGCCAGUCAUCACCGGCAGCAAAGAUUUGCAGAACGUCAACAUCACCCUGCGCAUCCUCUUCCGGCCUGUCGCCAGCCAGCUCCCUCGCAUCUUCACCAGCAUUGGGGAGGACUACGACGAACGUGUGCUGCCAUCCAUCACCACGGAGAUCCUCAAGUCCGUGGUGGCUCGCUUCGAUGCCGGGGAGCUGAUCACCCAGAGAGAGCUGGUCUCCAGGCAGGUGAGCGAUGACCUCACCGAGCGAGCGGCGACCUUUGGGCUCAUCCUGGAUGACGUGUCCUUGACACAUCUGACCUUCGGGAAAGAGUUCACAGAAGCUGUGGAAGCCAAACAGGUGGCCCAGCAGGAAGCAGAGAGGGCCAGAUUCGUAGUGGAGAAGGCUGAGCAGCAGAAGAAGGCAGCCAUCAUCUCCGCCGAGGGCGACUCCAAGGCGGCUGAGCUGAUCGCUAACUCGCUGGCCACCUCGGGCGACGGCCUGAUCGAGCUGCGCAAGCUGGAGGCCGCCGAGGACAUCGCCUACCAGCUGUCUCGCUCUCGAAACAUCACCUACCUGCCGGCCGGGCAGUCGGUGCUCCUGCAGCUGCCCCAGUGAGCCGGGCCAGAGGCGCCUUCCUUCCGCCCCACCCCCAAAAUGAAUCACUGUGACACUUCAUGAUUGACCCGAAGUGACGGAAAUAAAGCUAAAAUCACUUUAGCCUGAUGAUUAUCCAAGGAAGGUCUUUUGUUCCUCCCGUAUCCACCUUUGUAUCCACCUCCCUACCAGAAACUGCCAAGUGCCUGUGCAGAGCGGCUCAGGGCUUGUGGGUGCCCCAGCCUGGGGCCCGGCAGCUGGCAGAAGGGCAGGGCGAUGGUGACCAGCGGGGUCGCUCUCCUGGCCUCCAUCCUGUCAGUGAAGAUUCCAGGACAGUGGCCGAGAGGGUGGGCAAUUCCUGCACAGCCAAGGAAUCUGCCCCUUUUGAGGUGGGUGGGCCUGGCUCUGCUGUCCCCCAAGGUCCUAAAACCAGGAUGGACUUGGAUAGGGAGCCAAGAGGAGACCUGGCCCCAGGUGCGUCCUGCUGGAGUCUUCCGGCUCCAAUGCCCGGUGGAAUUCCAGCUUGAAGGAUCACAUCCUGCCGGCCGCUGGGCCAGCCAAAGACGCGCAUCCCACGUUCCUGCUCCUCACUAGACCGCCCUUCCCCAGGGCUGCGCCUGGGCCCCAGAGGAAUCAAUCAUGGGAAGAAAAUAAAUCUGUGUAAACCGCUGUCAAUAAACGACACCCAGACCUUCCA